UAAUGAAUUAGCCCCGUAACCCCGCAGUGAAGAAGGGCACGUGGACUUCAGGCAGGCAAGCCAUCGACUGCAUUAAUUUAUUCCUGUGUCACCUGCUGCCCUCUUCAUGCUUUUCCUAGGGCUGUGAAUCCUGCAUCGAGGGAGGGACACUUGUAUCUACAGAUCACUCAGGAUGGCUAAGAGUCUACGCAGCAAGUGGGUGAGGAAAUGCAAGCAAGAGAAGCGUGUGCGUUAUCACAAGAAGGAGCUGGCAUCACUUUUCAAGCUGGUAGAGAAGGCAAACAAGAAUGAUGUGGUGGUGAAGGAUGCGGCAGAAGUGGUGAGAGAGAAGGCACAGAAAAUCCAACCAGCAGAACCAGCAGGAGAGAACAGCAUGGAAACAACCUCCUCUGGCACCACUGAUGAGCCUGUGCCAACCCUCCGGACACUCAUCAAGAAGACAGGAACUGCACCCAAGUGGCUACAUCCAAGAAGGCUUAAGAAGAGCAAAACCUUGAAGAAGAAGAAGACCAAAACUAGUACAAGAAAGGAUAAAUUUUUGGGUUAGUGUGUGAGUGUGUGCACCUGUGUGUGUGUUGAUAAUGUGAGGCCUCUGUGAGUGAAUGUGUUAUGCUGAAUGUGAAAUAUAUUGUGUGUAUACUUUU